AUGCCAGCGCUUCCAUUCCGACACCUGGCUUGCUGGAACUGUUGCAUGAUCCGAUCGAGCAGUAACUCAGCGUCGUCUCGGCACGGCGCUAGCACGGCGCUGGCGCGCAAUGGAGCUUGCCUAGUCGCCGAACAAGAUCAAUCGUGGAGUGACGAGCGUCCGAAGAAAGAAGACGAUGCUCCGUCGACAGCUAUCGACAUUGAUAGUUCGAUAAAAAGGAGACGCCCGAAGCCGCCAGCGUAUCAGGCAGCAACAGAAGCAGCUGUGAGACGAGAACAAGAGAUGCGCCAAAGAGAACAAGAGAGAUUCAUGAGACCACCUAUGGAAGAACCGGCAGUAGAGCAACCAGCUUUUCAACGUGUUCCCGACAUGGUUCCUAUUGAAGAUGGAAUUGAUCCAGAUUAUCCUGCCCAACGUAUAGUAAUCAGCAAUUUUGUUCGUAAUGGGUGCCACAUUAAACGUUGGCUGUAUGAAGAUAGUUACCCACUGGACGCUCCAAGGCCUUCAAUUUAUGGUCUGACAGGAAAAGGCAGACAAUAUCCGAAUUGCUGUUGUGGAAGAAGAGGUUUGUGUUAUGGAUGCUGUGGCAGAGGUUCUACGUCAAAGCAAAGAGGUUACAUACAAGAUAAUUACGAAAAUGAUCGCAUUCGAGGAGAAUUACAACGUCUCGAUGUUAUACUGAAGAAUCUCGACGACUAA